AUGGUCAAUACAAAGAAUAUGUCAAGAAGGAGAGUUUCUGUAACCAAUGGCUUGCUGAAAUUCUCUUUCUUUGUCACCCAGUUCACCGUUGUGGUGGAUGCUGCAGUUUCUGAUAGCAUCACACGAGGACAAGGGCUAAAAAGCCCAGAGACCAUACUAUCUGCAGUAUGGGUUGCCAAUCGAGAUCAGCCCUUAACUGGUAAGUCAACCAUACUUACCAUCAACAGUGACGGAAGCCUUGUCAUUGUGGAUGACAAGAUCAGUUACAGGAGUUUUGAUUAUACUUUGGAUGCCUUUCUUCUUGGAAUGGAGAUUGGUUAUUGCCGAAAAACAGGAAAAGUAUGGUCAUUAACAUCAUGGAAAGAUGAAGAAGACCCUAGUGUUGCCGUUGCUGUAGUGAAAAUGGAUCCAAAGCAACCGAAGGAGCUUUAUCUUAUGAGGGGCUCUGAAAUGCUGUGGAGGACGGGGGUUUGGCACGAAGGUGGAUUCUCCACAAUGUCUGAAACGGGAGUAAUUGAUUUCAUCAUUUUAAGUUUUUACAACACUGAAAAUGAGACAUACUUCGGCUCUUCUCCAAAUGAAUCUUCUGUUGGUUUUGAGCUGGAGAAUUCUAAGGAAACUGCAGUGAAGUUAAAUCACAAAACAUAA